AUGCGUCUUUCAGGUAUUUUAAUCCGCCAUUAUAAUCUAUAGAAAUAGAGUCGAGGCCAUAAACGGAUUUAGCUAUAGCGGUUUUGUGUUGUUUUCAUGACAUCUGGAAUAUUUCGUGAAAGACGAACAUAAAUCAAAGUGGUCCCAAUCAAAAGUUAAAAUGGAGAUGGAGGACAAACCCAGCCUGCUGCUCUCCUUCCACACUGAGUUUAAACAAGAGUCACUGGAUUCUGAUUAUGAUAGUGGAGGUCAGUGUUCAUUGGUUGAUUCAGAGAUGACAUCAGUGAAGCUGGAAGACUGCAGUCAAACACUGGGCUUGAAUGUAAUCAUUAAAGAUGAAGAGGAGGAGGAGAAGAUUGGAGAUUUAGUUAAUUAUGAUGAGAUGCCUGAAGAGGAGGCUUUUCCUACACCUGAGGAGAAACAACAGGAGGACAACAACGAUGAGAGGUUUCACCACUGCCCCCAUUGUGAAAAACGUUUCUCAUCUAUAUCAAACUUCAAAAGACACAUUAACAUACAUACUGGAGAGAGGCCUUAUUCCUGUUCUGUUUGUGGGAAAGGUUUCAUUACAUUAUCUCACCUUACUAGACAUCAGAGAGUGCACACAGGAGAGAAGCCGUUCUCUUGUUCUGAUUGUGGGAAGAGUUUCUCUCGUUUAAGUGGCCUUAAAGCACAUCAACGCAUACAUACUGGAGAGAAACCUUAUUCCUGUGCUGAUUGUGGAAAGUGUUUCAUUACAUCAGCUGAACUUACCAGUCAUCAGAGAGUGCACACAGGAGAAAAGCCUUUCUCUUGUUCUGAUUGUGGUAAGAGUUUUUCGCAAUUAAAAAACCUUAAAGUUCACCAGAGCAUACAUACUGGAGAGAAACCUUACUCUUGUUCGGACUGUGGUAAGAAUUUCUCUCAAUUACGCCAUCUCAAAAUUCAUCAACUGCGGAUACAUACUGGAGAGAAACCUUACUCUUGUUCUGACUGUGGAAAAGGUUUCAUUACAUCAGCUUUACUCACUAGUCAUCAGAGAGUGCACACAGGAGAGAAGCCUUUCUGUUGUUCUGACUGUGGUAAGAGUUUUUCUCAGUUAAAGAACCUUAAAGUUCACCAGAGCAUACAUACUGGAGAGAAACCUUACUCUUGUUCGGACUGUGGGAAGAGUUUCUCUCAAAUGAAUUAUCUCAAAUAUCACCAGCGUAUACAUACUGGUGAGAAACCUUAUUCCUGUUCGGUCUGUGGAAAAUGUUUCAUUAGAUCAUCUAAACUUACUACUCAUCAGAGAGUGCACACAGGAAAGAAGCCUUACUCCUGUUCAGAAUGUGGAAAGAGUUUCUCUCAAUUAGGUGGCCUUACAGUUCACCAGCGUGUACAUACUGGAGAGAAACCUUACUUCUGUUCACACUGUGGGAAGAGUUUCUCCCAAUUAAGUAGUCUUAAAGUUCACCAGCACAUACACAUUGCAGAGAAACCUCAGUCCUGUUCUUAAUGGGGAGAGGUCUCCUAGAAAUUAGAUUCUUAGUUGCAGAAAUGUAGACAUUGACAACAUUUUUAAGUAAUGCCACAAGGGAUAAAUGAAGCAGACGUUGGUUUAUUUCUCAUUCAUAUUACUGAAGCAAUUGACAAUGAGGAUCAGCAAGCAACCUAUAGUAGCAAAACAUGGCAAUUGGACCUAGACCUUCUGUUUAGAAAAUAAAAAGGACCGACAUUGAACUGAAUAAUAAAGAAAAAUCACAGAAUAACAUCAUUAGUCAUCUAAGUGAGUAUGUGAUUUGGAUUGAUAUCAUGACUCAAAUGGUAUGUAGCACAGUGGAGUGUGUAGCAACUCUUUCCUUCACCCUUCUUCAUUUUAGCCUACAGUGUGCUUUUCAAGUGUUGUUUUUCUUAAGCUUACUUCAAAAGCGAGUAGUCACUAAUAUAAUAACAAAAGUAUAUGUUGUGUUUCUGAGCAAUACAUUAAUAGAUUGAAUAUGGAACAAGAGUGAAAUGUACACACACCUGCACAUGUUUCUUCACCAGCACCCUGGUACACUCAGCCAAAUGAGGAAUCAAACUCAGCAAGAGGACGGAAUCCUGUUUGGGCCAUUGAAAGUCAGACUAGUAACUCAGAGGGGUUAAGGGAUGUUUUGGUUCAGUACUAACUGGGCGUGUACUGGUGGUCCGGCCUAUGGAUCCACUCCACUGGUGACUUGCAGUGCUGUCAAAAUGAAGGAGGAAACGUGUAAUUGGGGAUGUAGGCAUGACAGUUGGAUGGAGCCUUACACAGAGAUGGUGAUUGUGGAGGACAUUUGAGGUAUUAAGUGCUGUCACAAGUGCUGUUAGAUUGUAACCUAUUAAAGUAUAAUCUUACUGACAGCGCGCACACACAUUUACGCUUGCAUGUUUCUCUGACCUCACUUGCUGAUACUCUGAACAUAAAGACAGUUAUCAGAAACACCAGCACAUCAGUUUGUCAAAUUCCUCCAUGACACUGAAAGACUGAUAAAUAAUUACAGGAAGUUGUGAAGAUGGCACAAGGUUUUGUUAUGGGUUUGAUUUGUUUUUUGGGAACAGGGGCAUUGGGUGUUGCAAAUCUUAUUUUAUUUAAUUAAAUAAUCGCAAUGUUUUUUGUUUGUUCACUCAGCUCUUUCCUCUAAUGUUAGGAUUUAGUUGAAGAUCUCAUAACAUUAAGUUCAACAAAUAUGCAGAAAUGACUGUGUGCUUAUACCUUUUCAUGGCACUGUAGACGUUGAGUUUAAAAUAUUAUGUGAAAAUGGUUUCAGCCUGUAAGUGGCGAAAACAACAUUGUAGUAUUUUUUGAUAUAAUUUUUCUUGUCAUUAAACUUAAUAAAAGUAAGAAAAAUAAAUUAAAACCUUAACUAAAACCUAAAACAGUGUUUGAAGAACAACUCGGUAUCUCUAGUAUUUAGGGGGAAUGGUUUAAAGGAUCCCAGAAACCUCCUAGAUAUGUGUGUGUGCAUUUAUCAUAACUUUUGACAUUUGUUAUAUUAAAAACCUGAAACUCCCUGCUCGCUGAGAUGUUAAAUAAAUAUUAUUAUUUCAACCUGCUA